AUGCAGGACCUCAACGCACCCGUCGGCCAAGGUGGCCCCAAUCCUAAUGGCCCCGGCCGUUUCCAGGGCCAUGCUUCCAAGCCCUCCAAUAGCGACACUGGUUUCUCACAUGGCGCCUUCACCUCGAACAUCUCGGGCUUUGCCGACCGCCAUCCUCGCCGAGGCAAUGUCCCUUCGCUGAACACGCAGGCCAUGGGCCACCAGAACCAGCCGGGUUCUCCCUCCAAUGCCGGUGACCUGGCCAGUCCAGGCACCGCUUUUGACAUGCAGUUCACUCCUCUUCUCCCGUCCCAGCUCCUUCUCGGAAGCCCUUUCCAGCCCGGGAGCCCCGCUGCCUUUGGCAGCCCGCAGUUCCAGAGUCUGCCAGGAUUCCAACAGGCCGGCCAGCAGCAUGGGGGCAACCAGGGCCACAGCGGCGGAGUCUCGAGCCCUAUUCAGCAGAGCAUCUCUCCCCAGCCGUACCAGACGAUGGUGUCUCCUUCGACCUAUGGAGCACCGCAGUUCUUCCCUCCCCAGUCGCCCACGGGGGGCUUCAAUAUGCAGGCUCCCAUGCAGCCCGCGUCUCCCGUGUCCAUGGGGUCCGGCGUCGUAACCGGCACCAGCCGCACAGUGUACCUCGGCAACAUCCCUCCUGACACGUCGGCCGAGGAAAUUCUAGGACAUGUCCGCAGCGGACAGAUCGAGUCUGUGCGCCUUCUGCCCGACAAGAAUUGCGCAUUCAUUUCGUUCCUCGACGCCAGCUCCGCCACCCACUUCCACUCGGAUGCCAUCUUGAAAAAGCUCUGCAUCAAAGGUCAGGAUAUCAAGGUUGGCUGGGGCAAGCCAUCCCAGGUCCCUACAUCCGUGGCCCUGGCUGUACAGCAGUCUGGCGCGUCUCGCAAUGUAUACCUGGGGAACCUCCCGGAAGACAUCACCGAUGCCGAGUUGCGCGAGGACCUGGGCAAAUUUGGCGUCAUUGACACUGUCAAGAUUGUCAGGGAGAAGAACAUUGCGUUCGUCCACUAUCUCUCCAUCGCCAACGCCAUCAAGGCUGUCUCUCAGCUCCCCCAGGAGCCGAAGUGGCAGGCACCUCGUCGUGUCUUCUACGGCAAGGAUAGGUGCGCCUACGUGUCCAAGACACAGCAGCAGAACGCCGCCCAGUACCUGGGGAUCGCCCCUGGAUAUGCGCACAUGUUGACCGGGGCCGAUCGCGAUCUAAUUUCUAACGCCCUCGCCCAGCAGUCCGUGGCCGCCGCGGCCGUCGCCACCACUGCUGGAGGCAUCAACAACUUGGGAAACCGCACCAUCUACCUGGGCAACAUCCAUCCCGAGACGACCAUCGAAGAGAUUUGCAAUGUGGUCAGGGGCGGUCUGUUACACCACAUCCGUUACAUCCCCGACAAGCAUAUCUGCUUCGUCACCUUCAUUGACCCAACUGCGGCCGCUUCUUUCUACGCCCUCAGCAACCUGCAAGGCUUGAUGAUUCACAACCGACGACUCAAGAUCGGCUGGGGUAAGCACUCCGGUGCGUUGCCCCCGGCCAUUGCCCUUGCUGUAAGCGGCGGCGCCUCCCGCAACGUCUACGUUGGCAACUUGGAUGAGACAUGGACCGAGGACCGUCUGCGUCAGGACUUCUCUGAGUUUGGCGAGAUCGAACUGGUCAAUACCCUCCGGGAGAAGAGCUGCGCAUUCGUGAACUUCACCAACAUUGCCAACGCCAUCAAGGCGAUCGAGGCAAUCCGCGGCAAGGAGGAGUACAGAAAGUUCAAGGUCAACUUCGGCAAGGACCGCUGCGGGAACCCGCCUCGACAGAUGCAGCAGAAUCAGUCGCCUCGAGGCGACGGAGUCUCUUCCCCCCCGCCCAAUGGGUCGCAGAACAGCAGCUCCCCGCCGAAUGGCCCUCAGCAGUCGGCCGUAUUGUUCAACGCCAACAAUAACCCGCUCACCAUGUACCUCAGCCAAUUGUCCCAGCAGGUCCAGCACCAACAGCACCAACAGAGCCAACAGCAGCACCCAAUGCACAUGCAGCAGCACCCGCUCUUCCACGCAGCACAGGCGUCGCCCAAUGAUCUGUCUCUUGAUGUGCCGCAGCAAGGCCACAUGAGUGGUCACGGCCAAUCCGCCAGCAUCUCGAAUGGGUAUGCUGCCGCGGCCGCGGCCGCCUCGGGUGCAACCACCAUCGGCGGUUUGCUCGCUCCCGGACCACGAGGUCAGCACAGCCGUGCGGUCAGCCUUCCGGUUCUGGCCCCUGGCUUCGAGAACGGCGGCAAUAGCCCCGGCAGCGUCCCGGGCAGCAACGGAAGCGAGGGUGAACGUCGCGGCCACCACUACCAGGCUAGCUUUGGAGGAAUGGGGGCCGGCGGCUUUGGGCUGGCUAUUCAGGGUGGACUCAACGGAUGGGUUGAGGAAGAGGUGGCCAACUAA